UAUGCCAAACUAUGAGGCUUAUAUAGGCCUAUAGUCUCCAGCACUUUCAGCUAGGAACGUCAUUGAAAAAAUGAACUGUCAUUAAAAUAAUUAUUAGCUGAUUUGGGUAGCUGAAAUUUCUCUCAGCCGCUUUGCCUUUUCGCCUGUCUGUGAUAGCUUGUGCUUGCGACAUGGAUGGAAAUAUGGAGGGAAAACGAUCUAUUGUUGGAAUCGUCAUUCAGGUUCCUUGGACACCCUUCCUCCUUGCAUGCAUUAUAAUAACACUAGCUCCGGCCUUUCAUUGUCAAGCGUCCUGUCCUAGUGGUUCGAUUGGCCGACUGGAAUACUGCUACACACUCCACAAUGAGCCGUUGUCAUGGCGACUCGCAGGGUCGCAAUGUGGCUUUGAUGGCGGUUUCUUGACCUCCAUAGUGAACAGACAGGAGAAUGACUUUCUUGUAGAAUCCUUUGGAAACCUGACAUCUUUAGCAUGGAUAGGAAUGGAUUCGAGAGGGCGCUGGUUAGAUGGGUCAAGUUCUCAGCUUUUUUACAAUAACUUUAGAUAUGAGACAUUGAGCACACUGAGUUGUUCAGUGAUUGACCUGGAUAGAAAUGGAAGAUGGAACGUCUCAAGCUGUCUAGAUUCUAGACUCGACUUUAUCUGCAAGAAGAAUAAAGAUGUUUCGGGUGGGAGAGACUCUCCUGCGCCUACAAACGGCGACGAUGGAGAAGAAGUGGAGGGAUCAUCAGGAAAUUCUAAUACCACACUCACAUCUGUGCUCUCGGUGCUUUUUUUCUUCGUACUCACCGUUGGCUGCUCGGUAGGAAAAUGCGCGGUGGGAAAGUGUUUGUGUAAACGCACAAUCGAUAUGCUGGAUCGAUUGUGUAGCUGCAUAAGGGCUCGUUUGUGCGGGUGGCUAUACGAAUGGUUAUGCGUUAUAGGACUUGCAAUCCAGGUAUGCUUUUAUCGAUGCUUUAGGUGUGGAGGCCUGUGCAAAAUACGAGAGGAAGGAACGGAAAGGGCGGAAAGUAUAUCAUCCUAUGAGUAUGAUCCUGAACCUCGAGGAGCGUUAAAUUGCUUUCGAUGUCUAAGGUGUGCAGGGCUGUGCAAAAGGCGACAGGAAGGAACGGAAGGUGCGUCAUCCGACGAUCCUGAAAUUCGAGAAGCGUUAAAUUGGCAUCCGCUAGCCGAAACGGGACCGGAUGAUCAAUCACGAGCCACGCCAUCAGCGCCCGCAGAGCCACACACAGACCCGCCUCCAGCGUAUGGGGACGUCACAUCUAAUCGUCCGCAAAGUACGCCAACAGCCCCACAGCCGUCACCGCCGCGUGACAACAGAACUGCGCCUCCGUCCUACGACGCAGCUUUGAAUCCAACUUUUGAUAUUCGACCUUCAAACAUUAGAGAUGAGACCACAAAACCCCCAUCCUACGAGUCAGUAGCUAGAUCUUAA